UAGAUAAAUACCAAUUUUAUUUCUAUAUUUUGAAAAUUUCAGGAAUAAUCCCCUGCCUUUCAAAUUGCCAACUCCAAAGAAUCUUCAACUUCAAGUAUCUCUCUCGCUUCGCUCUCACCAAAUCCAAUACUUGCCGCUCAAAUCCACAAGUGUAGUGUUCUUUAAUCCCACAACCUGUUGCUACGACUGCAGGGGGACAAAGAGAGCAAAUGGAAGUAGCCAAAGCCCCUGAGAGGUUUUCUGCAGAUUUUGUAAUGGGAGGGUUGGCAGCAAUAAUGGCAAAGAGUGCAGCAGCACCAAUUGAGAGAGUGAAGCUUUUGUUGCAAAACCAAGGAGAGAUGAUCAAGGGAGGACAGCUCAAGAGACCUUAUAUGGGUAUUGGUGAUUGCUUUAAGAGGGUCUUGAGAGAGGAAGGUUUUUUGUCUUUCUGGAGAGGUAACCAGGCCAAUGUCAUACGAUACUUCCCUACUCAGGCUUUCAACUUUGCAUUCAAAGGUUACUUCAAAACCCUUUUUGGCCGCUCAAAAGAGAAGGAUGGUUACCUAAAGUGGUUUGCUGGAAAUUUGGCUUCGGGGAGUGCUGCUGGAGCCACAACUUCAAUAUUCUUAUACCAUUUGGAUUAUGCACGUACUCGAUUAGGCACUGAUGCAAGGGAGUGUCCUAUUAAUGGACAACGUCAGUUUAAAGGGCUACUAGAUGUGUACCGUAAAACCUUGUCUACUGAUGGUGUAGCAGGCUUGUAUCGAGGAUUUGGGGUUUCAAUCAUUGGAAUUACCUUGUACCGAGGCAUGUACUUUGGGCUCUAUGACACACUGAAGCCUAUCAUUUUGGUGGGGCCUUUUGAGGGUAAUUUCUUUGUUAGUUUUCUGUUGGGUUGGAGCAUCACCAGUGUCUCAGGAGUCUGUGCCUAUCCCUUUGACACUCUGCGACGGAGAAUGAUGCUUACUUCUGGACAACCGAUUAAGUAUCGCAAUACCAUGCAUGCAUUACGUGAGAUCAUUCAACUUGAGGGUUUCAGAGCGCUGUUCCGAGGGGUUACUGCAAAUAUGCUUCUUGGUGUGGCAGGGGCUGGAGUGCUUGCAGGGUAUGAUCAGCUUCAUCGAAUUGCAUAUACGCGUGGACAUAUCUUUGAGCCACAUCAAAAGGUAUUAAAGUAAAUCCUGAACUUGGAAACUGUAUACUUGUGUAGUUCAUAAAUUGAUCAUAUCAAAAAAGGGGCCGAAAAUUUAUGAAGGGUUUAGACCGAAAG